UUCACAUACCUACACAUGCACACACACACACACGAAUCGGUGAAAUAUGAAUUUCUGCAGAACAACAAAUGAAAGCAUUGUGAUAAGAUAAGAUAGCUCUCAUUCAUUUGAACAAACAGUCUGCAGUUUACUCAUGAGCUGACGAAUAAACCACAAGCCAGCCCAAUACGCUACUCCCACACGUUCGCUUAGGAUUCCAUCAACACAAUGUCAACUCUAGCCGAAAAGGACUUUUACCAGUUGACUGUCAGCACGAACAAAGCUUUAAAUGGCAUAGAGGCACCAUUAAAAAUAAAACAUGCUCGAUCCAUUAUUAUUAUGAUACACAAAACCAAAGAAGCAAAAUCAUUUUGGAACACCAUCUCGCGGCAGUCCUUAAUGCAGAGCAGAUUCACUGCCUGGAAGUUUUGCCAUCUGCUGCACAAGGUCCUCAGAGAGGGUCAUCCAUGUGCUAUAAAACACUCUCAAAGUCACAGGAAAAUGAUUUUAGAAGUGGGCAAAAUGUGGGGCCUGCUGCAGGACGAUAUUGGACUCUGUAUAAACGCCUACUGCAAGCUGCUGGUCACUAAACUAAAUUUCCAUGAAAAGAAUCCAUUUCCCGGAACUCUAAUCGUUUCAUUUAAGGAACUUUCGAAAGCCGCCGAUCGGGAUUUAAAUUACUUCUUUCAAUUGUGCGUGGAGAUCUUUGAUUACUUGGAGGAUAUCAUUGCACUGCAGUUACAAAUAUUCGCUUCUAUAAACACCUACCGAAUGUCGUCCAUGACGCAGCAGGGUCAGUGUAGACUGGCUCCCAUGAUUUGUCUUAUUCAAGACUCAAACGCUCUCUAUGAUAAUAGUGUAAGGAUUAUGUUUAAACUGCAUGAAAACCUACCGAACGACGUCCUGAGCGGCCACAGGGAUCGGUUUAACGUUUUAUUUUUAAAGUUAAAAGACUUCUAUGAGAAUGUGCGACCGCUUCAGUAUUUUAAAAGCCUUAUUUCGGUUCCGGAACUGCCCGCAUCCAGUCCAAAUUUCAGAUCACAAGUGGAUUUCAGUAGCUAUAUACCGCCAGUAGUCUAUGUGCAACCAGAGCCCGAACCAGUUGUGGAAGAUCUCGUGGAAACCAGCAGUCCCUCAGAGCCAGAUUAUAGCCAAACGCAGCAGCAGCUGAAUACACUGGAGAGCAUUGUCAAUGAAAAGGAAGCCACAAUUGAGGAGCUUAAAUUCCGAUUGAAUUCAUUACAACAAAAUUUCGAUGAGCUUGGACAGAGCUACCAACGUGAAGUGACCGAAAUGCAGAAAACGAAUGCGCUGCUAUCUAACGAUCUGUUAAUAUCCAGGGAAAUGUGCGAAAAUAUACGGAUGCAAAACGACGAUCUUGAGGCACAAUUAAAUCAGAAUCCCAUGUUAAUACAAAAGGUAAUGGAAGAGGAGGAAAAGCAGAAACAAUCUUCAGAAAAGUUUAACAAACUGAAAACACUUUACACGCAAAUUCGGGAUGAGCAUAUUAAAUUAUUGCGUGAGCAAAGUGAAUCCACAAAGGUUUUAAAUAAAGAAAAGCAAACCAACUCCGAGCUACUACUGCAAACAAAAGUUCUCAACAAUGAAAUACUAAAGAUAAAGGGCGAUGUCGAAGAGAAGAAUAAAAUAAACUUUGAUUUGCUGCAACAGAUAGAAGACCAAAAGGACCAGCUUUCGCAGCUUGAAUCGGUUAGGAAUGAGAUUAAGGAGCAAUUUGAUAAUGUAGUAAAACAAAAGGAAAUACAAGAGCUGGAUUCCAUAUCCACGUCUGAGAGAUUAAGCGAAAAUAGUGUAGUUAUUGAGAAACUAAAUGAGACCCUAAGAGAAGCGGAAGAAAAGGCUUCACUUGCGGAAAACCAAAUAGUGAAGAAAAACGAAGAACUACAACGACACUUGAAGGCGCAUGAAACGGAAAAGGAAACACUCCUAGCACUGAACGAGCAACUAAAACUGGAGCAUAAAACAACAUUUGAGGCUCAAAAGGAAGAGUUGCAGCAAACUAUAAAUAGCCUUAACCAAAAGGAAACAUCGCUACAGGAACUAACUGAAGCUCUGGCGCUACUAAAGCAGGAAUUUAGCAGUGUAGCAAAACAAAAGGAAAUACAAGAGCAGGAUUCCAUUUCGACUUCUGCGAGAUUAACAGAAAAUUCUUUGGUCAUUGAGAAGCUGAAUUCGUCCCUUAAUGAGGCCAAUGAAAAAGUUUCACUUGCUGAAGAACGAAUAAUCCAGAAAACCGAGGAGCUACAAAAGCAAUUGAAGGCGCAUGAAACGGAAAAGGAAACUCUUUUAGCACAGAAUGAGCAACUGAAACUGGAGCAUAAAACAACAUUUGAGGCUCAAAGGGAAGAAUUGCAGCAAACUAUAAAUAACCUUAACCAAAAGGAGACAUCGCUACAGGAAACGACUGGUGCUCUGGCGCUACUAAAGCAAGAAAAGCUUGCUGUGACUCAACAAUACGAGGAUUUGCAGGGCAAGCAUGCGGCUCUGGAAGAAAACUUCCAACAAACAACGAAACAAGUAGAUUCCAUUACGGAAUCAUAUCAAAACUGCCAUUCCAAUCUUAAUGAUGUGAGAAAGUUGGUUGUGCAAACUGUGAAGGAUAUUUGCAGUGCCAAAUUGAGCGAUUCCGCCGAACAGCCGCUAGAUGCUAUACCAAAAAUUACAACAGAAAUUGAUGGGCUCAUAGUUAGAUUUAUUUCCACGCCUGAACUGCAAAAGGCGAAAUCCAUUGAGGGAUUGCAGGCUGCUAUGUAUUUUGGCUAUACGUUUAUUAAAUUAUAUGACCAGUGCGAUGUCAUCUACAAAUCAACAACAGAGAUUGAGACUGGUCAAGAUAUUUUAACGAAGGCCUCAUCCAUAUGCGCAGACAUAGGCACCUUUUUCCAAUAUUCUCUCAGCGAUGAACCGAGGGAUAGGGAAACGCAAAAGGCUUUAAGCGAUGCUCAAUCAAAACUGUCGGAUAUACGAAAAUUAGUUGAUAAAAUUAAACAGACCUUUGAGCAUAAAAUGGACUUUGACAAGCUGCUUGAGAUAGAGCUUCGUGAGAUGGAUAGUGCGAUCGAUGAGGCAGCAUCAAAGAUUAUAAACCUGUUGGCAAAGGCACGCGAGAAGGAUGACAAAACCAACUUGGAAGUCAAUGGAAAAAUUGUGGAUGCAUGCACAACCCUCAUGCAAUGUGUUAAAGUCUUGAUUUUGAAAUCCCGCGUGCUACAGCAAGAAAUUGUCGCAUCUCAAAAAGGAAACGCAAGUGCUAACGAGUUUUAUAAGCGCAACAGUCAAUGGUCGGACGGUUUGAUAUCGGCUUCAAAAAGCGUUGCCAAGGCAGCAAAUUACCUAGUGGAGGCCGCAAAUAAUGCCAUUGAAAGUGAAUCUGGAAAGAACUUUGAGCUUAUAGUCGCUGCCCAGGAAAUUGCUGCCUGCACUGCCCAAAUGGUUAUUGCCAGUAAAGUCAAGGCUAAUCGUAAUAGCCAAAAUCUGACGGAUCUAACGAAAGCCUCGCGAAGCGUUACUCAGGCCACAGGAACGUUGGUGGCCACUGUUAAAGAUUGCAAUUCCCAACUGGAAGAGCUAAACGAGAAGGAACUCUCCAAUCUAACACCAUCCCAAAUAAAAACCAUGGAAAUGGAAAUUCAUGUUAAAGUUCUCGAAACGGAGCAGGCGCUGCAGACACAGCGCAUGAAACUGUCGGCGUUUAGGAGGGAGCACUACAAAAACACCGAUUACUAAAUAUGUUCAAUUGUACCUAAGUAUUAUGUAUUUUCUGUUUGUACAUUUAAGGGCAGAUCAACAGAUCAAAGCGAUGGCAAGGGCUCUCUAAGAUUAUCCUAACAACUGCGUUUGUUUUGCUGUAAGCUAUCCAAAUUCGUGGUGGAACAAGAAAUUCAUUAAAUUAUUUAGUAUACCCAAUGCACAGAUGUAGAUAGAGUUAUCCUUAUCAGAAUUAGAUCAUUAGAUCAUGUAAAAACAGCCAAAGAGAGUUUCGUAUAUCUUUCGACCUUCCAACUUGGUUCAUUUACUUUUAAAGCUCUCUGUUCUUAUUUUUAUAUAUUCUCAUUUAUUUAAACAAUUAGAGUUUUGUUUAACUUAGCUCUUCUAUCACAUUGUACUUUUCCAAAAAUCAAGUAAACUGAUUAAUCGAUUACAUUCUGUAACCCAUACAUACAUUUAAUUUAAAACGAUUGCUGCAACCAUAAAUAUUUUAUAUACACUCUUUUUAGCUCUAAUUUUGUAUUAUCACGAAAAGGCUUAUUGCUAUUUAUAAAACGGCAUGUUCAUGUUCAUGAAACACACUCUUUGCGUAGUUUAUCUGAAAGA